AUGGAGGAAAUGACCAAAUCCCCCGGGCGAACAUUUCUCACCGCUUUGCCAUUCUCCUCCGAGAUCAUGUCUUACAAAGUACCCGGCGACUUCAAGUUCCUGGAACAGGCCACCUUCGACGGAUCCGGCGAUCCAAGAGAACAUCUGCUAAGUUACCAGGCCAAGAUGCAAGUCUUAGGAGUCCGAGACCCGGUAAUGUGGCGCGCCUUCUUGCCCACGCUAAAAGGAUCGGCACAAAGGUGGUUGGUGGCGCUGCCUUCAGGGUCGAUUCGCAACUUUGAGGAGCUAGCCGACCGCUUCAUGAGUCAUUAUGCGACCAACAUCAAGCCACAGAGGGAUCUGACCCAUUUGGGAGACAUCCACCAGGAGGAGGGUGAGCCCUUGAAGGCCUACUUGGCUCGCUGGCAGAAGGAGAUUCAAUCUAUUGAAGAGGUCGAGGAUCAGACUGCCCUCACCAUCUUCAUCGAGUCUUUACGAUCCGGGCAGUUAUACCGGGAUUUGCGGGAUAAUCGUCCGGCCAGAUACGCGGAAGCCAUACACAUGGCUAAUAAGCGGGCUAACACAGAGCAAGCUAUGAAGCACAAGCGACAGCGUAAGGUCAGAGGAUCCGCCAGCGGAAAGAGAACCCGCACGGAAACCAAGGAAAGACGUCCGGAAGUGGCUCGGCGGCCCAAAGUUAGGCGUCCAUAUGACAGGCCUAUCGUUCAUCCCUAUAGACCGACUCCUCAACACCCGGUACAUGAGGUACAAGCAGUCGCGCCACCUCCGCCCCCGCCGACUGAAGGUCGCGUGACGAAGAGGAGACAGGUAAGACCUCUAAAUACUACCGUUAUCACAAAUCUUACACUCACAGCACGGAAGAGUGAUACUACUUGA